UUUACUUAGCCGAUGUCCGAAUUCACACACGAGAAACAUGAGGUAGGGUGCUCCCAAGCGUCUGGGCACAGCAGACAAGAAUCACACAAAUCGCUUAAUAGUAUCGUUCCAAUACGUACCGCCCUUUCCCAGCUGGACUGGUUGUUUCUGGAUCAAGGCUACGCUUCGCGCUAUCCCGUUCAUCCGCCAUCCACUAUCCCAACACGGGGCAGAUUUCCACCUCAACCGCGGGUGUCUGGAAACGCCCACAUGACUGCUUUGACAGCGGGAAGACGCCUUUGCUACCACUUAGAAAGUUUCCGGCUCACCGACGCCGAUUUGCUAACCUCUGAAAACAGCGUGUCUUGGUCACGUGGAACUUUGGAAUUUCAUUCCAGUCUUGCCCCACUCUUUGUUAAGCGACUCGAUGGCUUUCAGCGGGAUGCGGCUGCAAGACACGACGCGCUCCCGCUCAAAGCCGGCUUUCGCAUCGUUCUCCUGGGGCGUCCCAGAGCCGCGCCUAUCACCUAUGCCGCAGCUGUAGAACUUAUUCUGCUCUCUGGCGCAAGGCCAAAGAAAACAGUUACAGCGGCCUUGAUUUUGAGGGCAUGCGAGAUUGUACUUGGGCUCCCCGGCUCAUAUGGUCUAGGUAAUGCUGCGCAUUGCAACUGUCGAACUGAAGAUAGACAAUCUCGUCAUUUGCGAAUUCCAGCCCUGCUAGAGCAUAUAACUGAACCUUGGAAGCGGUCGAUGCACGUAAUCGCGAACUGCAUUAGAGGGAGGAAAUGGACGUUUAAACGAUGCUGUGUCGGCGAAGUAGACUAGACAACGAGGCGGACUGCGUUUUAUUCACAAACGCAACGCAUAACUCUCGUUAUCCCCAGUCGCCUGGGAAGGGCCGUUCCGUCAUGUCCGGCAUCCAUGACCCACACAAGCCACCAACCUAAUCUUGUCAACCUCCACGGUCCUACACCUGCCGCAGUCAUGGUAACUAACUGGCUGGAGGAAGCUUGCGGCGCCAGCGGGUUUACGCACCCUUGUCCUCGU